AUGUCUGUAACACCAGUAGCGAAUGAUGUCGCCACAAUGGAAAUGAGAGAGGCGUCGCCUGCACAUUUUUUGAUCAAGAUUGAAUCCUUCUCCUUACUUCAAAAGUGUGGGAUUGACAAAUACGAGACAAAAGAAUUUGAUGUUGGCGAAUACAAGUGGAGGCUGAUAAUCUACCCUAACGGAGACUAUAUAUCAGUAUACUUGGCUACGGCGGACAAAGGUGCACUGCGCGUAAGCAAGGAGGUCAAUGUUGUCUUUAGCAUCUUUCUCUUCAAUCAGAUUUCCAACAUUUAUCUUUCUUCACUAGGAUACCUAGUAAACGAUAACUGUGUAUUUGGUGCUGAGGUUUGCGUCCUCAACACUACUCAUGCAGCCAUUGAGUGUUUGUCUCUUAAGAAUGUCGAUAUUCCUUACAAGCAUGAAUGGGUGAUUUAUAAUAAUGUAUUUUCAGUGAUAUACAUGUGGAGUUCUGAAGAAUUCGAAGCCGGAGGCUACAAAUGGAAAGUCACUCUUUAUCCGAAAGGAAAUGGAGAAGCAACGGGCCGCAGUGUUUCCAUCUAUCUGCACUAUGUUGGUUCCGAAACUGUCAAGGCAUGUUACACCAUAUGGAUCAAAAACCCGGUUUCUAAUGAACACGUUCAACGAACUGAUACUCAGUGGUUUUCAGCUUCUGUCAAUAAUUCGGGAUGGCUUUCAUUCAUCGAGUUUGCUAGUUUUAAUGAUCCAACGAAGGGCUUUACUGCAAAUAAACGUUGUCUUCUAGAUAUUGAAAUCUCCGUCGAAGCUGUUGCGCAAUAA